UGCUUACGAGUGCUCUGAUUGGCUUGCGAUUGCCACGUGCUUCUCGCAGCGAAUCAAUUGGCUCCCUGCAAUCUGCUUCCAGAAACCUUGCGCAGUGCAUUCGUUUUCCCAUUCUUGCUCGCCUUCUCCGACUUUCAAGCACAUGUUUCGCAAGUCGUACCUCCAAUUGAGUGGCCUCAUCUGUUAUGGCGGCCAGGUUGCAGAUUGCUUGUCUGCGUGCAAUCAGGAGAUUAGGAACGCCUAUUUGUGCUUCAGUGGCUCCCUUGCAAGAGAAGCCAGCUGUUCUGGUGUCCAUCAACUUGUGUCAGGAAGCCACCAGCAAUUGUGAGCUGCCUUUGAUACAUGCUCCGACAAGGAAAGAGGAAGCAGCUCAUCCUUGCAAGCGUUCAUGUAUUUCAGACAGUCAAAGAGUUCCUGCUUAUACAGCAGGGAAGAUAUGGAGGCAAGGGUUUGAUACAGCUUUUCUUGUUCCAAAUGGCUCCGAUGGUGCCAGCUUAACCUGGCGCCGAUAUUUGAGAACAGAGGUUGUCAAGGAAGUGGCGGUGGAGCGUCUGGAGGGGGACCUGAAAGGGGUGGUAGCGGUGUCAUUGCAACGCCCCCAUGCAAAGAACGCCCUCGGGCGGACGCUUCUGGAGCAGCUCGAGGAAGCAAUUGAGAGUAUUCAGAGGGACGAUCAAGUCAGGGCUGUCAUACUGCACAGCAAUGUUCCGAAGGUGUUCUGCGCUGGGGCGGACCUCAAGGAGCGGAAGGAGAUGACUCAAGAUGGGGUUCAGAAAUUUGUGCGGCAGCUCGGAGCAGUGUUCAAAGCUUUGGAGGACCUCCGAGUUCCUACAAUUGCAGCAGUGGAGGGCCACGCUCUAGGAGGCGGGCUUGAGUUGGCGCUGUCAUGUGAUCUACGGGUGGGGGGUCAGAAUACCAGGCUAGGUUUGCCGGAGACAGGGCUGGCCAUUAUUCCAGGGGCUGGGGGAACGCAAAGGUUGCCCCGGCUGGUGGGCGUUUCGAAGGCGAAGGAGCUCAUUUUCACGGGGCGGAUUGUGGACGCGCAGGAGGCCUACCGAAUAGGUGUGCUCAACCACUUGGUGGGUCCCGGGGAAGCCUUCGACAAGGCCCUGGAACUCGCCGCCGAAAUUCUGAAAAAGGGCCCUGUCGCUAUCCAAGCGGCCAAAGCGGCCAUCGACCGGGGCAUCGAGGCGAAGCUCGUAGACGGGUUGCAGAUCGAGCAGGAGUGUUAUGCGGAAACUCUGUCCACGCGCGAUCGGUUGGAGGGGCUGGCCGCAUUCGCUGAGAAGCGAGCGCCUGUGUACACCGGCAAUUGAUCAUAGCAUGCGGCGCCCCGCUAUUCUGCCGUGUCGCGUAUCCCGUUGAGAACGUCCCAAGCAGAGAUUGCGAGACCCCUCAACUUGUACAAAUAGAUGGCCGCGGGCGGCUCGCCCUGCCAAACCCGUAUGUAGAUCACAGUGCACAUGUUUAAUUGGCUUCAAUUGCUG